UUGCAAUUUUCACAUACUUUAUAUAAAAGCAUUGAGCAGAGUAGAGACGCUUUUAGUUCCGGUAUAUCUGUGCGUGAUUAUUCCUGCUACAAUAUUGCCUGUGUAGAAUACAAUAUAAAGGUCUACCAGAUAUCUUCCACGAUAUGAGUUCUACAAUGGAUCUGGAAUCAAAAAGUGGAAGUGCUGGUAGCUUACCGAACAUCGAGCCGCCCAAAGUUUACAAGAUAAGAUGGUUUAUUCUGUUUCUGUUCGUCCUUUUCUCUGCAUCGAAUGCUAUGCAGUGGAUUCAGUUUUCCAUUAUCAGCGGCGUGAUUCGAGAUUAUUACGGUGUUUCCAAGGAAUGGGUGAAUUGGACGUCCUUGAUUUAUAUGAUACUUUACAUUCCAUUCAUCUUCCCAGGAAGUUUUCUUCUAGAAAAAUUGGGUUUAAGACUGGCCAUAACCAUAGGAAUUUUGGGAACAUGCCUUGGUGCCUGGAUCAAAGUCGCCUCAGUUGACCCGGAUCGAUUCUACAUCAGUUUCUUGGGACAGGGAGUAGUAGCCUUAUCUCAGGUGUUUGUCUUGUCCGUCCCUGCGCGACUGGCAUCUGUCUGGUUCGGUCCAGAUCAGGUUUCUUCCGCUUGUAGUAUUGGAGUUUUCGGAAAUCAAAUCGGCAUUGCAGCUGGCUUUGUUAUACCCCCGAUGAUUGUGCCUGGUGGAACUGUCCACGAAGUUACUACGCAACUCUAUAUACUUUUUGGAGGAGUGGCAAUAUUGACCUCCGUGUUACUUGUUCUUAUUUUACUAUUUUUUAAAAAUGGACCUCCUACGCCGCCGUCGUACGCUGCCCAACAACAGAACGAAGAAAAAGGGAGCUUUUUCGAUUCGUUGAAAAAUUUAAUUAAAAACAAAAGUUUCGUUCUUCUUCUUUUGGCCUACGGAAUCAACACCGGAGUUUUCUACGCCAUCUCUACGUUGCUUAACGAAAUAGUUCUAAAUUAUUAUCCGGGUGCGGAAAUUGAUGCGGGGCGUAUUGGGCUGGUAAUCGUAGUAGCUGGUAUGGCAGGAUCGGUAUGUUGCGGAUAUGUCCUUGACAGGUUUCGCAAAUUUAAGGAAACAACUGUGGUCGUAUAUGCGUUUGCCUUAAUUGGGAUGCUUGUAUUCACGUUUACCAUAGAUAAAGGCCUUUAUGUUGUUUAUGUGGUAGCCGGUGGACUUGGAUUUUUCAUGACUGGCUUGUUGUCUGUGGGCUUCGAAAUGGGAUCCGAACUAACUUAUCCCGAACCGGAAGGGACACAAGCCGGGCUGUUGAAUGCGGCCGCUCAGGUGUUUGGAAUCGCCUUCACCAACAUUUAUUCGCCGAUAUUUUAUCAAGUGAACGACACUUGGGCCAACAUGGUGAUGUCUGUUUGUCUCGCAGUCGGUCUCUUUAUGACGGCCUGUAUGAGUUCCGACCUCAGGCGACAAGCGGCCAUGGCUGCCGCGAAUAAGUGAGCCGUGAUUGGCCCAAUCCAUAUUGCGUUUUGUAUUUCUGAAAGCUUUUUGAUUUGGUGCAAAAAUUUUUCAUUCACGAUACCUAUUAAAUAGGUAAAAUCAUAAGUUGUCAUGUCAUGUCACGUAUAUAGAGUAACUUAGACAAAAGUAAAAAAUAUAACAAAUUAAAGAAAAACGGACGUAUGGGUGCUGUUUUAACACUUUGCAGUAUGGUUAUUACAAGUUGUCCAUUGCAGUUAACACAUCUUGGUGAUAAUUCAAAACCAAUAUUGCGCAUCUAUUCACCCAAAAAAAAAAAACGAUAUUUGUGCCAAAUAGCUUUACAAAAUGUAUUUCCCUCGUUUUGAAUUUUUAUACUAUAUUUUUAAUAUGAUAUUUAUGUGAUAUUUCCGUAUGCAUUUCUGUAAAUAACAAUUUUAAGUAUAAUGUUAAGUAUUUAUCAUAGAUUAUCGACGAACGAAAAGUGUCUCUAAUGUAUUUACUAUAAAUUCUGCAGAACAGUUUAGGCUAAACCGAUGAGAUUUUAUUUAAAAUUUGCAAUCGUUUCCUAUUAAUUAUACAUUCUAAGCUAAAUUGGAAUGUUUAGCUUAGAUUCCGCUGAAAUCUGGAAAAGAUCGUUUUGAGAAAAACUAACCUAGUGGGCUGUGUUGUCUGGAUCUGUGCCAUAUAAAAUGUAAAAUUUUGUUUUUUGAAGAUAUGCUUGGCGACUGUUGGUGCUAAGAACACAAGAUUUAUUGACUGACGAUUAUCGAAUUUUCAGAAACCACAUGCUCUAGUUUUAUCCGGUACCAAUUUUUUAUUAUUCCAAUGCUCUAACGAUUAAUCUUCUAGUUCUGCGGUAGGCUUGAACUUCGAAAGGCUUGAAUAUUGAAUAACCCCAAACGGAAAGUAAUUAACAAACUACAACACCUGUUAAUUUUUCUUUAUAAUUACUAGGAUUUUUAUAGUUGCCCUAUGUUCACUAAGUGCACAAAGCACAAAAUUAUGCUAAAAUAAACUAAACCCUAUCGAAAUUGGAAAAUAUGAUUAUACUAUUGUCUACGGGUAUUUUAAAUCUGUUUUAUGGCGAUUUAUUUGAUGGUUUCGAUAAAGAAGCGACUUUGUAAUAUUGUGCGUUAACAAUUUCUUCAUUCUUUCAAUAUAUCUGCCACCAGAAUGCCACUUGUCCGAUACAAACAAAUCCAUAUACUUUCAAGAUGUUUUUUCAAAUAUUUUCGAUUCUGGUUGAUCUGCGUGUUUUUUGAUAAAGUUUGUACUCUCGUUGCUUCUGUGGGUAGAUUGUGAUCUGUAAUCUCGUGCUAGAAUUUUCUUGACUGUAACAAUUAGUUAGUUAACCGGUAUUGAAACUGUUGUUAUCUUAGAUCUACGCUUAAUAAAGAA